AUGCCUUCUAUCUACGUCAAGAGUGUGUCCUGUCUUCUGUCUCGCCCUAAAUGGAAUGGAAUGGCUCUCUUAGUUACGCUGCGCCCCGGUCUGAGUCCCCACAUCCGCUCUUCUCCGCCCGCAACCCAAGAAGUUGGCUUUGCCAACACAACAACAUUAGGGUCGUCCCCUUCAUUCUAUGUCGACCCCGGCCCGGGCUGGCUUUUGGGAAGCCCGUUCCCACCGCGCUCACGGCCCGGCUGGCCUUCCAGCGGUAGUGGGAAUUCUCCCGUUCCUCGGUCAAAGACUUGGUUGGAUGCGGGAUCUACUCCACGAGGAGCGGUACGGACUGUGGUCAGCACUGGGUGUUUCCGAGCAGCGAGGCUUACACCCAUUCGCAUUAGUUCAUCCAAAGUUCCUUACCCUUAUGCACGAAUUAUUGAAUAA